GUAGAUUCCACCCCUUAAUCAAGGGAUGAUUCUGUUGUUUGCCGAGUAAUGUUUUGUAUUGAUAGCAGGAUUUUCAAAAUACGCGAAAUAUUUUAAAUAGACAAUGGAUGCGUAUUGCCGCACGUGCUACCGAACCAAUGUGGAGCGCAAGUUUGAUGUCGGCGCCCUGUCACAGGUAACCGACGUGCAAAUCGGAGAAAUGAUUACCUACUGCCUUCAAAUAGAGGUCAGCCCUUACGACAUGCUACCACAGAACAUAUGCGAAACUUGUCUCUGCUCCCUAAACUCCAUGUAUCUUUUCCGAAAGCAUUGCUACCACUCGGAUACCGAACUGAGGAAGAUGCUGAAAUAUGCACCGCCGGAACAUUUCGCAGUAGCACUCAACAUAGGCCAUGAUCCGAAUCUUGUGGAUCCUUUGCUAGCCAACCAAAAUAAGCCCGACGAAACCAUGGACAUAAAAUCGGAUGAAACCGAUAUUCCUACAACUGAGGACAACCCCAUGCCAAAUCUCAGCGCGAUUGAAACCCUAUUGCCGGAGGAUUUUACUGAGGAGAUUACCAAUAAACCCGUUGUGGUGGAAAAGUACGUCUCGAAGGUAUUCGAGUGCGAACAGUGCGACUACAGGACAUCGUUCAAGGGCAACCUUAUGCGCCAUCAUCAAAAAAGGAAUCACACGGGCUUCAGGGUCUCUGUUCCCAGUGAUAGGGCCCUACGACAGACAACCAAGACGCUCCUGUGCUGCGGCGAGUGCAGUUUCCAGACGUUUGUCCGUGGUAACUUUGCCCAGCAUCAACGCAUCUGGAAGCACACGACCAGCAGCACGAGAGACGUCGAAGUGGCUCGGGUUCUGGAAAAGUUCCCAACCUGUCCGCAUUGUGGCGUCCAGCGGGCCAAUCUCGAGAAACACAUGGCCAAAUGGUGUCAAGUGUUGAGUGGAACGAGGACAAGGCGCAAACCCAAAGAGGAAAGAAGUAAAGAAGAUCAAGCGACCAAACCGCGCAAAAAGCGUGCACGGUCAAUCAAGAAAGCGCGACUCAUUGAACCCAAAAUGGAAAUUGACAACGGCCAAGUCAUAGUACCGGAUAGUUUAACAGACGAACUUACCGAUAAACCCGUCGUGGUGGAAAAGUACCUUUCGAAAGUAUUCGAAUGCGAACAGUGCGACUACAGAUCAUCGUUUAAGGGCAACCUUAUGCGUCAUCAUCAGAGCAGAAAUCACACCGGAAUCAGGGUUUCCAUCCCUAGUGAUCUGGCCCCGCGUAAGACCAUCAAGACGUUCCUCUGCUGUGGCGAGUGCAACUUUCAGACUGUUUUUCGUACUAAACUGUCCCAACAUCAGCGUAUCUGGAAGCACACGACUAGCAGCACGAGAGACGUCGAAGUGGCCCGGGUUCUGGAGCAGUUUCCAACCUGUCCACAUUGUGGCGUCCAGCGGGCCGAUCUCGAGACGCACAUGGCCAAAUGGUGUCAAGUAUUGUGUGGAACGAGGACCAGGCGACGAGGUCAUGAGUCCAAGUCGGACGCGAAAGCUCCACCGAUUUCUGCAGUGUCAAUCGGCGAAGAGCCGCCCAUCGAACUCAAGAUUGAAAUCGACAACAGCGAUGAAAUUAACAGCUAGUCUUCUCAUUAAUUUAAUUGGCACCAAGGCUUUGAUGACAAGCUGUUGUAACAAAUAAAAUAAACGUUUUGAAAAACUAUAAUCGUACCUAUAA